UUCUUCCUCGGGGCACCCACUACGACAUUGUACUUCGUGCCCAUCACGCCCUCGGGAAGUUCUAGCUCUCGACGAAAGACAGUGAGCCAUCACAUGGUGAAAGAACCCCUCAGCUCGGUCUACGACCAGUAGGAACAUUAGAGGCGAUAGAGGAUCGCCUUGCUUUACGCCUUCACCCAGCUGUAUCCUCGGCGUUUCACGAAGAUUCGGCAGCUGAAGCGCUGUUGUGGCGUUAGAGUAGCAUGCUUUAAUGUAUUGUCUGAAAGAGAGCGACAGACCUGCCUCCCUCAGUGCGAGAUGGAUCGCAUCGUGCGAGACCGUGUCGAAUGCCUUCGAGAGAUCAACGCACGCCAUUUGUACCGUUCGACAUCAGCCAGCACCGCAGACAGCACUUCUACGUUUUUGCAGACGCCAUCGACGGGCCGGAAACCUCUUUGCCUCUCGUCGAAUAUGUCAAGAGCAGCCAACCUCCUGCCUAAAAUCUUGUAAAACUGCCUCAACACGACAGAGCCCAUACUUAAAGGCCGGUAGUCAUAGGGUGCCGGAUGUUUUGGCAUACUACCUUUCUCCAGAAAGAACGUCCUGGAAGAGGAGAUCGACGAAAGGACCUCUCUUGCAAGAAGCAUUAGAUUGAACUAGAGACCCUUUACUGACAGAUGGCCGGUUUCUUCACCUCCGGAUAAGUUCCCGAUAACUUUAUCCCGAAGAUAUCUCCCAGAAUUGGUUUUCUUCACGUCUGUAAAGUCCGUAUCCGGCAGAUAAAGUUAUCCGCUACCCGAAGUACCGUAUAUCUGGUAGAUAUUGGUUUCAGUGUCCCCUAGUAGGAUUGUAACCAACUAACUACUCCGAAACUUUCUCUACAUAACCCUAAACUGUUACAAUAUACUGCAUAAUUGCGUUGCUGAUUAAAUGUAAAUAAUAAAAUAAUCAUGGAUUUGUUGUUCGUGGAUAUCAAUAUAUUUGAAUCAGACGACGACGAUAAUGAUGAUGAUUACAACUUUGUUGUCAGAAGACCCUAUACAAUAAGAAAUAAGCCGAAUAAUAUUCAAGUGUGGGAUGACACGGAAUUUUUUAACCGGUUUCGCUUGAAAAAGGAGACAGUGAUACAUUUAUUGCAUAGAGUAGAAGACCGAUUGUUAAUUAUUCGGAACAAAUCAAGAUCGUUGACACUGAUCAAUCAAUUGUUGUUAGCAUUGAGAUUUUAUGCUACGGGUAAUUUUUUGCGUGCCUGUGGUGAUUUCAGUGGAGCAAGCAUUAGCACAGCUUCGCGUAUCAUUGCAAAAGUAUCUUUGGCUAUUGCUUCAUUAUCAGCUACAAUGAUCAAUUUUCCUGAAACAAAUGAGGAAAUUCGAACAACCCAACGAGCAUUUUAUGAAAUGUACAGAUUUCCAAGGGUAAUAGGAUGUAUUGAUGGAACACAUAUUAGAAUACAAUGUCCUGGAGGUGAACAUGCAGAGGAGUUUAGAAAUCGAAAAGGAUUUUUUUCUCCUCAUACUCAGGUUGUUUGCGAUCAUAAUAUGAAAAUUAUAGACAUUGUGGCAAGAUGGCCAGGUUCUGUCCACGAUGCGACAAUAUUUCAACAUAGUCGACUGCGUCAAAGAUUAGAGGCAGGCGAAUUUCAUUCGGGAAUAUUGCUUGGCGAUGGUGGAUAUCCCAUCGAGAAAUAUCUUCUCACGCCGGUCUUGCAUCCUACCAUUGUAGCUGAAGAACGAUACAACAAUGCUCACAUACGAACAAGGAACAUUGUUGAACGCGUUUUUGGGGUUUGGAAGCGUCGAUUCCCAGUUUUGAGUUUAGGCAUGCGAGUCAAAAUGGAAACUGUACAGGACAUAAUCGUGGCUACAGCAGUUCUACACAACAUUGCCAGGAAUCAAAAUGAAGAAGAACCUCCUGCAUUUGUGGAUAUUCCGGACGAAAAAAUUGGCGAUGACAAUGUGAAUGAAGAAGCAGUUCCAGUGCAAGAUAAUAAUAUCAGACAAGCGCUCAUCAAUGAUUAUUUCUCGAGAUUACACAACUGAGACUCGAUAAUGGGUUCUCCUGCUGAUGCAACGGAAUUCGCAACAAAUAUCCAUUAAUAAUUACUAAAAAUAAAUAAGACCAAUUGUACAUAUGAAAUAAUAAUCAUGUAUCUCAUACAUAAAAUGUACACUACGAAGUGUACCUAUGUUGUAUAAAUUAUCAAUGAAAUAUACUUACUCAUCAUCAACGAAA